AUAAUACUCCAAACUCAUCAUAAAAUAUUAUCACAAUCACACUCCAUUCCUCUAAUCUUUCUUAUUAUUUUCUUAUUGUGUGGCAUUUCAUUCGAAAAAAACUAUGCCAAUGGCCGAGACAGUCAAGCCUAGUGGCUCAUCCUCCGAAGGAGGCCAAAAUCAGAAGAAUAAACUUGAUCGUGAAGUUAGAGAUAUGGUGUCAGCCAUAACUAAUCGCCUUACCAACAUUCACAAAGUGAGCUCCGGUCUAGGCCAUGAUCAAAACGACGACGACGAUGAAGAAGACAAGGGUGUCAGGAUCAUCACUCUCGCGGGAAACAACACAGGCGCCACUCUGCGUGGCGAGCUGGAUGACAACACGGCCGGCCUUAAGGGCGGCGAGCCUCCGGUGCUUAGUGACUCUGAGACCAUGAAAACAUUCGUUAACAGCAACUUCCAAGCUGUGAACAACUCCAUCAUGAUGGGUGGGAGCUACAACACCAAUGAUCCUGGCGUCCAUGUUGAGAUCUCUGAUUUUGGCGAGUCUCAAGAGUCUAAACCGGAGUACAGGAGAGGAUGGAAGGGUAAGAAGAAGACCAAGGAAGCUUUAAAAAGUGACCACAAAUCUUCCAGCUCUGACUGAGAGCAAAAUGAGUACGUAAAAGAACAAAACAAUGCAUGAAGGUUGGCUGAAUUUUAAGCUAUUAUAUAUUAUGAUAUCUAUAUAUCUAUUUUACAUACUUUAAAAUCUUUGAUUAGCCAUGAUGAAAACUACAAAUAACAAGCCUUCUUUUGGCUACAUGGGAUCUAAAUGAGGUUGAGACUUGAGAGCUACCUUGAAAUAAGUUGACGGUUUUAAGUAUAGUGUGAUAUUUAAGAAAAAUACACAUGCAUAUAAUUAUAACUGUCCUUAAAAGCUGUGUGUUGUAUUGUGAGUCAGGUCGAGCAAUAAAUUUGUUAUAGCUCUAAAUUGUACUUUUUUUUGUUGUUGUGUUGAGAUAAACCAUAUUAAUCCUAUUUAUUGAUUUUGUUAAA